AUGGGAUCUAGCGAUGCAGAGACUCGGCUUUUCGCUGACUUGCUUACAGGUUACAAUCCAUUGGAAAGACCCGUCGAGAAUGCCUCGGAUCCAUUGAUCGUCAAAAUGAAAAUCUUUCUACAACAAAUUCUCGAUGUUGAUGAGAAAAAUCAGCUCGUCUCGGUGAAUGCAUGGCUUCGUUUUACUUGGGGUGAUUACAAGUUGAAAUGGAAUCCGAAAGACUACAAUGGGAUUCGUGAUGUUCGCUUUCCAGGCACAACUGAUCACAUUUGGAAACCGGACAUUUUACUCUACAAUAGCGCAUCCGAGGAUUUUGAUUCAACUUUCAAGAGUAAUCUUUUGGUCUACAGUUCGGGUGAAGUGACUUGGAUACCGCCUGGUGUCUUGAAAUUCGUCUGCGCUAUUGAUGUAACCUGGUUUCCCUUUGACGAGCAAUUGUGUGAGCUCAAGUUUGGCUCGUGGACUUUUCACGGGCACGCUAUCGAUCUCCAAAUUGACACCACCGAUGAUCCGGAGAAUUCAACUAAUCCACAAAUGGAUCUCUCGACAUAUGUGGUGAAUGGAGAAUGGUCACUUAUCAAUAGUCCAGCUCAUAGAAAGGUUGGUUACUUUAAAUGUUGCCCAGAACCGUACCCUGUCGUCAAAUAUUAUCUCCAUCUUCGUCGGAGGACUUUAUUUUACGGAUUUAAUUUGAUCAUCCCAUCACUUUUGAUCACUCUGAUGACUGUUCUCGGUUUCUCGCUACCGCCAGACGCCGGGGAAAAGAUCAAUCUAGAAAUGACGGUUCUUCUCGCAAUCGUUUUUUUCUUAUCAAUGGUUUCCGAGAUGACACCGCCUACAUCAGAAGCAGUCCCACUAAUUGGCGUUUUCUUUUCCUGUUGUAUGUUGGUGAUCUCGGCGUCGGUAGUGUUCACAGUUGUCAUUCUCAAUCUUCACUUUCGAGGACCCGACACGCACGUGAUGUCACCACUAGUUCGAUCGGUGCUUCUCGAGUGGUUACCGUGGAUUCUGAUGAUGUCUCGCCCGGGGCACACUUUCACAAAGGGAUGCUCGAUUCAGGAUGGAGAAGCGAAAUUACGAGAACCCUCUCUACCGAUCAAUCGAAGCGAUCUCCCAGCUCAUCAACCCGUUUACGAGGCUCAACUCUUGCUUCUGCACUCUUGUUACGCUGAAUUAAAGCAGAUCACUGCUAAACUCGAGAAAGAGGCCAACGAGGAACGGGUGCAAAACGAUUGGCGUUUCGCGGCGAUGUGCGUCGAUCGAGCGUGUCUCAUUUUGUUUUCCCUCUUCAUCGUCAUCAGCACUCUUGCCAUCAUGCUUUCGGCUCCGCAUUUGAUUGCU